AUGUCCAAUUUCAUUCGAACACAAGCACUUCUCUUCAAGUCACAGUUUUUAUCUGCAACUAGAGAGCAAUCCGCUUUUAUCAUCAAACGAUUGUGUAGUACGUCGUCGAAUGUGCCUGAAUUUGAGAAUUUGGACAUCUCCACGCCACAACCAUAUGUCUAUCAUGUACGAUUGAAUCGUCCAGAACGUCGGAAUGCUUUCACGGUACCGUUCUGGAAAGAACUUCAUCGAGCAUUCGACUGGCUAUCGACCAAUCCGAAAUGUCGUGCCAUUGUCCUAUCAGGUGCUGGCAAAUCGUUUUGUGCUGGACUUGAUCUGAAAGAUGGAGUCACGGGUCUGAUGUCUAUCAUGCAAGAUGAAAGUUUGGACACGGCCCGUAAAGCGAUUCGAAUGCGGCAGUUGAUCACCACAUGUCAAGAUUCAUUCACCUCUUUAGAACGGUGCACUAAACCGGUGAUAGCCUCUAUUCAUGGUCAUUGCAUCGGAGCGGGUAUUAAUCUGAUUGCGUGUGCUGACAUACGUUACGCUUCUGAGGAUUCAGUGUUUUCGAUUCGAGAAGUAGAUAUCGGAAUUGCUGCGGAUGUGGGCAUAUUGAAUCGAAUCAAUAAACUGGUCGGGAAUGAUAGUCUUACGAGGGAAUUGGCCUACACUGCACGUGAUAUGUGUUGCUCUGAAGCACUCGAAUUUGCGGAUUGUUUAGAGGCGUCAAUAAGGUUGGCAGGUGAAAUUGCGAGUAAAAGUCCGAUUGCAGUGCAAGGUACGAAGGUGACGUUGAAUUAUGCCCGUGAUCAUACGGUGGAUGAUUCGAUUAACUUCAUUCGAACCUGGAAUCAGUCACAACUGCAGUCUAACGACCUUAUCAAAGCUGCGAUGGCCAGAAUGUCAAAGGAAAUAGCUGAAUUUGAUGAUGUUUGA